AUGGCGGACGCGGCCCCUCCGCCGAGCAAGAGGAAGCGCGAAGUAGCUGCCGCAGGAGACGAAGCCCCCGGCACCGAGGACAAGGAAGCCAAGGGAGCCGGCGUGGGGAAUGGCACCUCUGCCCCUGCCCACCUUCCUUUCUCCGGCUUCAGGGUGCAGAAGGUGCUGCGGGAGUCCGCGCGGGACAAGAUCCUCUUCCUGCACGGCAAGGUGAACGAGGCCUCUGGGGACGGAGAGGACGCCAUUGUGAUCCUGGAGAAAACACCGUUUCAGGUGGAACAGGUGGCCCAGCUCCUGACGGGCAGCCCUGAGCUCCAGCUGCAGUUCUCCAAUGACAUCUACAGCACCUACCACCUGUUCCCUCCGAGGCAGCUGAGCGAUGUAAAGACGACCGUGGUUUACCCGGCCACAGAGAAGCACCUGCAGAAGUACCUGCGCCAGGACCUCCACCUGGUUCGAGAGACGGGACGGGACUACAAGAACGUCACCUUGCCCCACCUGGAGUCCCAGAGCCUCAGCAUCCAGUGGGUGUACAACAUCCUCGACAAGAAGGCGGAAGCCGACCGGAUUGUUUUUGAGAACCCGGAUCCCUCUGACGGCUUUGUCCUCAUCCCCGACCUCAAGUGGAACCAGCAGCAGCUGGAUGACCUGUACCUGAUCGCCAUCUGCCACCGCCGGGGCAUCAGGUCGAUUCGGGACCUCACCGCGGAGCACCUGCCGCUGCUCAGGAACAUCCUCCGGGAGGGGCAGGAAGCCAUCCUGCAGCGGUACCGGGUGAGGGGGGACCGCCUCCGCGUGUACCUGCACUACCUGCCCUCCUACUACCACCUGCACGUGCACUUCACCGCUCUGGGCUUCGAGGCGCCCGGCUCGGGCGUGGAGCGGGCCCACCUGCUGGCGGAGGUGAUCGAGAACCUGGAGCGCGACCCCGAGCACUACCAGCAGCGAACCCUCACCUUCGCCCUCCGGGCGGACGACCCCCUGCUCAGGCUUCUGCAGGACGCCCAGAAGAGCUGA